AUGCCAACAGAUGAAAAUCUUCGGACACGUGGCUGCAUUGUUGUAUCUGUUUGCAGUUUAUGCUUGAAAACAGAUGAAUCCUCUGAGCAUCUGUUUCUUCAUUGUAGCUUUGCCUCUUGGCUUUGGGCAUGGAUUGGGGGAAAACUCAAUUGUGUCAUUGACUCCUCUUCUGUAAGAACUCUCCUUGAGUGUAGGCCAGCUAGGUGUUCCUCCCAAGUGUCGGAUAUCUUCCUUGCGGCAAUUUUACACACUAUUCAUACAAUUUGGUGGGCUAGGAACGCAUUGAGAUUUUCGGAUUUGAGUCCAACUAUUCAUGCAGCCAAAAUCCGUAUUCAUUCCUUUAUUGCUUUGUCUGGUAAUAUUUCAAAGGGUAAGUGCUUGCUGUCAGACUUCGCUUUCCUGGAUUCAUUUGCGGUUUCCCCUAAUUGUCGUAGUGUGAAGGACAUUAUUUUGGUGUUAUGGAAAGCUCCUUCCUCGCCUUGGCUGAAGGUAAAUACGGAUGGUUCUGUUAUUGGUGGGCAUGCGGCCUGUGGAGGGUUGUUUCGUGAUAGCUUAGGCACCUUUCGCGGUGCUUUUUAUUGUAACAUUGGUAUACUGACUGUUUUUUAUGCAGAGGUUUUAGGCAUCAUUUAUGCAGCUCAAAAAGGAUGGAGAAAUAUUUGGUUUGAGAGUGACUCCACUAGUGCUCUUCUAAUUUUUUCUAAGUCGUCACUAGUUCCUAUUUUGUUACGUAAUCGUUGGCAUAAUGCUCAGGUUCUUGAAAUUCAGGUAAUCUCCUCUCAUAUUUUUCGUGAAGGAAACAGUUGCGCAGACAAGCUAGCAUCUAUGGGGCAUGACAUAGCUGAUGUUGUUUGGUUGGACACUCUUCCUACGAGUGUCAGUCUUGAUUUCUUUAGAGAUAGAUGUGGUCUCCCGAACUACAGAUUUCCUUGA